GCGAUGCUUCUGCCAGACGUCUCCGGGCUGACGGGGCUUCGAACGCUCGUCCUGGACGGCGUUGAGGUGGCGUGUGGAGUCGCUGUGGGCACGAGCCUGUCGCACCUGGAGCAUUUACAACUGAAUUUGGCAGGCGGUGCCGAGGAGCUUCCAUUCGCCUUGACGUUCCUCUCCCGCCUGCGCACGCUGGUUGUGAACAGCGUGGGGAAUCGCCUAAAGCUGCCGGCUGAUAUCGGGUCGGCACUGCCGCAGCUGCGGAAGCUGAAGCUGUUAAGUGCGGACGAGUUGAGGGAGCUGCCAGCGAGUGUGACGGCGCUGCAGAACCUGGCGUUCUUGGGGGUUUACGGUUGUGCGCAGCUGGAGGCAUUGCCGGGGGAUCUGAGUGAGCUGAAGGUGCUGCGGAUGCUGGAUGUGAAGGGCAGUGAUGGGUCUAUGCUCCCCAGAAGCAUCAAUGAGGUGUACGGGCUCAAAAUAUCCACAUAG